CGACGUGCGCCUGAUGCGAAGGAGGAAAGAGUCGUGUGGGCCUGAGGAGCCGGGAAUCUCUCCCCUCACGGGGAGGGUGCGGCGACGGUUACACAUACUCUGAACCUGCCAUCUCAGCACUCUUGUUCGUUGAAGUAACUCACUAUGGCUCCUAAAGAUAUAAUGACUAAUUCUCAUGCCAAAUCCAUCCUCAAUGCAAUGAAUUCUCUGCGAAAAAGUAACACGCUUUGUGACGUGACCCUACGUGUGGAGCAGAAAGAUUUUCCAGCCCAUCGUAUUGUGUUAGCUGCUUGCAGUGACUAUUUCUGUGCUAUGUUCACCAGCGAGCUUUCAGAGAAGGAUAAGCCUUAUGUUGAUAUUCAAGGGCUAACAGCUUCAACUAUGGAAAUAUUACUGGACUUCGUAUACACAGAGACUGUUCAUGUGACAGUGGAAAAUGUUCAAGAGUUGCUCCCAGCAGCCUGUCUGCUUCAGCUGAAAGGAGUGAAGCAGGCUUGCUGUGAGUUCUUGGAAAGCCAACUGGAUCCAUCCAACUGUUUGGGGAUCCGAGAUUUUGCUGAAACGCACAAUUGUGUUGACUUAAUGCAGGCAGCAGAGGUCUUCAGCCAGAAGCACUUCCCAGAUGUAGUUCAACAUGAAGAGUUUAUCCUCCUAAAUCAAGAAGAAGUGGAAAAGCUAAUCAAAUGUGAUGAAAUUCAGGUGGAUUCUGAAGAGCCGGUCUUUGAGGCAGUUAUUAAUUGGGUAAAGCACUCAAAGAAAGAACGGGAAGCAUCCCUGCCAGAGCUUCUGCAAUAUGUGCGCAUGCCACUUCUCACCCCGCGCUACAUCACUGAUGUCAUAGACACUGAGCCUUUUAUUCGAUGUAGUUUGCAAUGCAGAGACCUUGUAGACGAAGCUAAGAAAUUUCAUCUAAGGCCUGAGCUCCGGAGCCAAAUGCAAGGUCCAAGAACUAGAGCACGUUUGGGUGCCAAUGAGGUUCUCCUAGUAAUUGGGGGCUUUGGAAGUCAGCAGUCACCUAUUGAUGUGGUGGAAAAAUAUGACCCAAAGACACAGGAGUGGAGUUUCCUACCAAGCAUCAGCCGUAAAAGACGCUAUGUUGCCACAGUUUCGUUGCACGAUCGGAUAUAUGUAAUAGGUGGUUAUGAUGGCCGUUCUCGUCUCAGCUCUGUAGAAUGCUUGGAUUAUACAUCUGAUGAAGACAGUAUCUGGUACUCUGUUGCUCCCAUGAACGUUCGACGGGGCCUAGCAGGGGCCACUACUCUGGGAGACAUGAUCUAUGUUUCUGGAGGUUUUGAUGGAAGCCGGCGCCAUACCAGUAUGGAGAGAUAUGAUCCCAACAUUGAUCAAUGGAGUAUGUUGGGAGAUAUGCAGACAGCUCGAGAAGGUGCAGGACUGGUUGUUGCUAAUAAUGUCAUCUACUGUCUUGGUGGUUAUGAUGGUCUUAACAUCUUAAAUUCUGUGGAGCGAUAUGAUCCCCACACUGGGCAUUGGACAAAUGUCACUCCAAUGGCCACGAAACGCUCAGGAGCUGGAGUGGCCUUGCUGAAUGAUCAUAUUUAUGUGGUUGGAGGGUUUGAUGGGACAGCGCAUCUCUCCUCUGUGGAAGCAUAUAACAUUCGCACAGAUUCCUGGACAACAGUGACUAGCAUGACAACGCCCCGCUGUUAUGUGGGUGCAACAGUGCUGAGGGGAAGGCUUUAUGCCAUAGCAGGGUACGAUGGGAACUCACUCCUGAGCAGUAUCGAGUGCUACGACCCUAUCAUUGACAACUGGGAAGUGGUGACAUCACUGGGGACCCAACGUUGUGAUGCUGGUGUUUGUGUGCUGCGGGAGAAGUGACUUUCGGGAAAGGCCUUGUGAGAGCACUUCCAUGGGAGAGGGAGGCUGCAGUAUGAAGCACUGGCUGACUUGGGAGUUCUUGAUGCAGUGACCAUUGCUCUCUGGACUGUGCUGCACUCCCUCCGGCUCAUCUUCAAGGCUACUGAUUCCAGUUUAAAAACAAAACAAAAAACCACACAAGGCACUUUGAGCUGAAAAUAGAAAGAAUUAUAUGCUCAUGUAGGCUCCCCCUGUAAAAGUGAAUUGUCAGAUCAUCCAGGUUGUCUAUGCCUUCCAGCCUGCUGAUUGCCUGAAAUUAAGCAUCUCGGUCAUCUCCAAAGCAUCAACACAUACGGAGUUGUGAGCGUAGGUCCAAGGACUGGUUUGUGCCUGAAUGUUUCCAUGUACUAAAUAUGCUACAGUGUGGACAUACUGUUUGUGAACAUUGUGUGGGCACAAUGUGCUUUCUGGAUGCUUUUUCAGGUUCUGCACAUACUUGCACUUGAUGCUGGGAAGAACAGCCAGGUACAGGCUGAUUGCAUGCAACUGAAAGUCUCAGUAUAUUGGUUUAAGGAAUCUGACCUUCAUCUUAAUAACUGAAGAGGGAGAAAUGGAGACUAUUGCCUACUGCACUAUUUAGUCUGUCUGCUGGGGAGGAUGACAGGCAGGCAGGAAGAGAACACUGCAUUUUAUGUUUUCUGUUAGAUGCUGGAUGCCAAUGUUUCUUGGAGAGAAAGAGAGAGAGGUUGUGUUAUAGUAUUUGUGAAUAAAAACUUGGUUGUAGUUUACAUCUAUCGUCUAAGUCAGAGGUUCUUAGUGUUAGCAGAGCAGUGAAGUAAAAAGUCUUGGCAGUGUGUUCUUGGGUACCUCAGCAUAAUGGUUGGGUGCAAACAUCUGCUUUCAAAAGGGUACAUCAGCGCAGGCUAAUUUUCAGCCCAGGCUGGAUGUGCACUUUCAAUGCAGACAUUCCGACAAAUCACAAAGCACCUUUUAACUUACACUGGUCACUUCAGAGUCUUCACAGCAGAUACUGUUGAAACCUAUGCAGUCUGUAUGUCCCACAUGAGCAAUGUCAGCCCAAGUUGUCUCAUACUUCAUCACUGCUUUUAUUAAGCCUGUUUUUUGUGCUCCUGCUUUAGCACUGAAGCACCAACGUUAGGAGCAUGAGACGUUAUAUCCUUAUAUCCUACAAAUGUUGCCAACACAUUGUAGUUUUACCUGCUGACCAUCCAGAUCCAUUUACAGCAAGGAUAUUCAGUGAUCAUUUACAACAUCAACUGGAACUCUUUAACUUUUCCUCAAGGCGUCUCUUGACAUUUAGGAUUCCCUUUCUUCCUGUCUGUUUAAUACUCCACUGGUGUAUAAUGCAGCUUGUAUUAGAUGUGUGAAAAUAAGUCACAUCGCCGGAGUGGACACCUGAGCCUGUGGAUAAUGUAGCUCCAUUCCUCAAUUAUGUGCCCUAAACGUUCAGCAUGACCUUGGAGCAAUAUCCCAUGACCUACUGAGCCUCUUCCUGUGUUGCCCAAUCAGGAACUAAGGGGUGAAUGUAUUUAUUUUCUUGGGUGCUGUUGACUCCUUGCUUUGGGGAUGUGGUAGCAUGGGAUAAAGAUGCACUUUCAAACAACACUGAGUUUAUAAAUUCUGUCCUGUCACACCAGUGUUUGUGAUUAAUUUCUUAUGUAUUUUUUAAUAAAAGUAUCUCUGGUA